AUGCAGAUUGGGGAGAAACUGGCCACAGAGAUAUUUCUUGAACGUCUGCUAACGGACGACGAAUCAAUCGUGACAGCCGGUCCAGAAGAUCCCUCUGCUUCACGGCUGGCCGGGAUGGCGGGCCGGAUGAUGGAAGUGCAGCAGUUGCAGCCGCCUUCCACCGUCCUGCAUGCCAUUUCGUCAUUGUCGACGAAAGGUGAUCAGUUUGAGAGACAAAUGGCGGCCAUGGAGAUCGAGGUGGCCUCUUUGAAACCCCGGCUCACACGCUCAACCUAUCGUCAAUCAUCCAGUCGUCGACGAUUUCAUUCUUGA